CAGUCAUGUGACCAUAACACAAUUCUGCUCAGCUCAGACUCCUGCAUUUGUUGACAUUUGCACAUUUCAAUACGAGCGAAUAUAGGAGAAGAAGACUGACAGUAAGUGGAAAUAAGGAGAAAUUUCCCCAGUAUUGCCAAACUAGUGUAGUUUGAACUAUUCUGUGCCGGACCAAUGCUUUGUCCAAUGCUUUGAAACAUACUCGGUUGCCCAAUAAUCUGAUGUAAAGCUACAGUUUACCGUCCGUAACGCAGGUCUCCCCGGCUGCUGUCAGCAGGUUAAAGUGCGAAAUCACGAGCACACGCACGCGCUGCACUCAGGGUCGUUGGCCCCUCCAGUGAAGCAGCAUGGCUCCGCUGAAGUUCUGUGCCAAUAUUUCCUGGCUCUUCACGGAGCUUCCUGACUUCCAUCAGAGGAUCACCGCGGCUGCUGCUGCCGGCUUCCAGGCGGUUGAGGCGGCCUGGCUGUACGACUACGACCUGCAGCAGCUGCAGAGAGCCAGAGAGGCUGCAGGGGUGGAGCUGGUCCUCAUCAACACCCCGCCAGGAAAUUUAAAGGAAGGGGACCUUGGUCUUGGAGCAGUUCCUGGGCGAGAGGAAGAGUUCAGACAGGGUCUGGAUCUGGCUUUGAAGUAUGCAAGAGCUUUGGAGUGCAAAAGAAUCCACCUGAUGGCAGGAAGGGUUCCCAUGGGUUCACAAAGAAAGGCAGUUGCCAAGGAGAUGGAGGCCAUCUUUGUGCAGAACCUAAAGUAUGCUGCUGAUAUCCUCUCUAAGGAAGGAAUCACCGGUUUGAUAGAACCAAUCAACACAAGGAUUACAGAUCCCAGGUAUUUCCUGGACUCUCCUCAUCAGGCUGCUGAGAUACUGGAGAAGGUUGGAAAGCCAAACAUCAAGCUGCAAAUGGACGUCUUUCACUGGCAAAUAAUGGAUGGAAACCUGACACAGAACAUACAAAAAUAUCUUCCCAUAAUUGGUCAUGUUCAGGUGGCUCAGGUCCCCGCUAGGAACGAGCCUGACAGUCCCGGGGAGAUCGACUACAGCUACCUGUUCAACAUGCUGGAAAAGCUCCAGUACCAGGGAUACAUCGGCUGUGAAUACAAGCCACUGGGCUCCACACAGGAGGGCCUGGGCUGGAUCAGAGGUUACUCCACACACAGCUAGUGAUGAGCAGGGUCCCGUCAUGCAGCUGUGGAAGGCUUCAAGUUUACUUCUACGUGGAGUCACCUAUUUUUUAAACUAAUACCAUUCAGUUUUAUUUGACCCUUUUCAUAUUUUGCUUUUAGCAUCCCAAACCCACAUUGAAUCGGUACACUUAUAAUUGUUAUGAUUUAAUUGCAUUGUUUUACUUACACUACCAUGCAGAUAUUAAGCAUUUUCCUGUAAAAAAUGCAUACAUUGUUAUAGUUUUAAUAAAAUAACUUGAUAAAUUCUCUAAAA